AUGAUCCCCUUCGAGGAGACGAAGCCGCUGCUCCACACCGGCGGCCAGAGCAGCAGCAGGCGGGAGGACGACCAGGAGCCACCUCCACGCACAGCGGUGGCUCUCACCAUCGAGCUCCCCACGCACUACGACAGCGCAUCAGAGUUCGGUUCUUCCAGUGCCACCCCGACGGCGGCCACUCGUGUGCUCUCGUUCGGCGACGGUGAUGGUGACGCCAAGAGCCCGGCCUCCGGCGUCGACCCACUGGUGUUCGUCGACCCCGACGACGACGAUGCCUUCUGCCCGGAGCCUCUGGCGGUGGUGCCGCCGACCCCGUUCUUUGGCCUGGACGAGGAGGAGUACGUGCACUUCGGGUCGGCGAUGCACCAGGGCGUUCGCUUCGACGACCUCACGCCGGAGACGCUCGACUUCUUCGGCCUCCCCCCGUCGGCCCAGCCGUAG